GCUACCGGGACUUUUUGGACGGAUCCAAGCGUUCCUCGGCUGUCGAAAAUUGAUGCCUGAGGCUGAAGAACUUUGGAAAGGGCGAAGGGACAGUCACGUGCCUUUACUGAUCGACGCGUGUCCAGCGCGUCUCGCGUGAGGUUCGUGAAAGUGGUCGAUAUUGGAGUCUCGACGGUGUCUCUACAAGACUACCAUUUGAACACAAUAUUCGCGCACAGAUAGAUUCGGAUGUCAUUCCGGACUGCAAUCCAAAAAUGAUUCGGCAAGAUUUUCAGAAAAUUGAUCCAAAGAGAAGAGCGACCUUGGACCACAAGAAAAAGCAGUUCGCAUCGCCGGUAUACAAACAGCAAGAUUACCCGCACCGUCUGAAUUUCUACGAUAUUCCCCCAACCGCGGAGAUCACACUCGAGCAGUUUGAGCAAUGGGCCAUCGACAGACUCAAGGUAUUGGCCGAAAUCGAAGCCUGUUCCUAUCGAAAUAAGUCGGCUGCGGAGACAGCGGCGCAUAUCAAUCCUCUCCUGCAGAAAUAUCUGCCACUUUCCUCCAAUACAUCCUCUUCCUCCGGUGCAUCAGAUCAGCGUCUAAAGAAUGAACGCCAGAAAGAUCAUUAUUCCCACUUCAUCCUUCGCCUUGCGUUUUCGGCAACCGAGGACCUCCGCCGACGCUUCGUGCGGGCGGAGACAAUGCUGUUCAGAUUUCGGUUUCAACAUGACGACACUCGAGAGAAACGUGCCUUUAUUGAGUCCUUAAAUCUGGAUUGGGAACCUGUGAGUGAUGAGGAGAGACGCGAGGUUGCUGAGAAAUUGGUGAGCGCGACACCCGGUCUGCGGCGUGUUGAUGAGGAGACUUGGUACAAAGUGGACUGGGAGCGAGUGCCAGAGCUUGUCGAAAGGAGAGCUGUGUUUCUGUCCAAGGGGAGGGCAUAUGUGCCUGGCAGAGAACAAUUGAGUAUGAUCAUAGCCGAAUUUACGGCACGAUUGGAGCGCGCCCUCGAGCUCACGAGCCGGGCUCUUCCACGAUUGGAUGAGGAUGAUCGUCUUACGCCAAUCCUGAAUCACCUGUCGAAGAACUUCGGUAGCGCAGAAUCAGUAUACUCUGAAGGCGAAGGGUUUGUCGAAGGAGCACCAAUUACUGCCAGUAACAUCGAUCGCCUUUCGCAGCACUUCCCUCUCUGCAUGCGGAGUCUACACAUGACGUUGCGCAAGAACAACCACUUGAAGCACUUCGGUCGACUCCAAUAUACGCUCUUCUUGAAAGGAAUCGGCCUGUCUCUUGAAGAGUGCAUCAUUUUCUGGCGACAGUCCUUCAAAGGCUUUACAGACGACGAGUUUAAUUCUCGGUACAAAUACAAUAUCCGCCACGCUUAUGGUGACGUCGGCGGUGACGUGAAUCGAAGAGGUCGGGGAUACCCUCCUUACUCUUGCCAAAAGAUCCUCAACGACUCCAACCCCGGAGUUGGCCAGACUCAUGGGUGCCCCUACCGUCACUUCUCCGUCGAUAAUCUCAUCGGACUACUUCAGUCCACAGGCGUCCAUGACAAGGACGUUCUACGAGGCGUGCGCGAGGAUGUUGAAAAGACACGCUAUCAUAUUGCUUGUAACAGGGUCUUUGAAUGGGCGCACAAAGCGGAUAUCAAGCGAGUCAAGGAAGACGGUACUUGGAGUCAGACAGAUUUGGACACCAUAGUCCAUCCGAACACCUACUUCAAGCGCAGCUAUCUCCUGAAACAAAUGGGGAAGCCUCCCAAGGAUGCAUGAGUUGCAGAGACGGUUUGACGAAGCUAUGCUUUUCUAUCUUUGUGGCCAGGUACUUUCUCUCAUGAGGCGUUUUGGUUAUGGGAAUUGCAGGACGCAACAUCCGGAUUAUGUGUUGAGAAUGCCAAGUAUCAAAACACUCAAAGUAUUAUGUGUAGUGAUUUCUGCAUUACUACUGUAUAUAGCUUAGGUCUCUAAAGAGCAA